AUUAAACCUCCAGGCACCUGGACAGGAGAUCUAGCCUGCACCAUGAAACCGUGGCUCUUUGCCUGCCUGGUCGCCUGCUUCCUUGGGGCCUGGGUGCCUGUUGUCCAUGUCCAAGGUGGCUUUGAAGAUUGCUGCCUGGGUUACCAAUCCAGGAUCAGAUGGAAUAUUCUCCAGCGUGCUAGGCAUUAUCAGUGGCAGGAAGUGAGUGGAAGCUGCAACCUACGUGCUGUGAUAUUCUACUUCCGCCACAAAGGCCCCGUGUGUUUGAACCCAAGGGACAAGGAUGUGAAGAUGGCGAUGAUAAUCUUGAACUCUAGGAAUAAGAGAGUUGACCAUCCCCAGAAGAGCACCCCAGGCUCUCACCCUGAAAGGAAGAAGUCAAACCAUGCAAAGUCCAAGGUGGGGAAUCCCAGCAGAACCAGCAUGAGGAAUGUCACCUUAGGCCAUUCUAGAAUGAUGAUGACCAGAAAGAUCAACAACUAAGUUACUCAGAGUGAGCACCAGCUGGCGGAUGGGAGGAGUCUCCUGAGGUGCCAUCUCCUGGGCAUGAUGUGGCCACUGAACUCAUGAAGCCAGUUACCAGUGCCUGACUAAGCAAUGUUUCAGCAUGGAUGAGUGAGGGGCUCACAGGGCCCCACCCCUCACUGAGGAGCUACUGGCUGUUGAUUGCUGGGGGAGGGGAGUCUUUUUUUUAUCCCCAGUAUAUACUCCACCACCCAUGUCCAUGCAAGCAACCCCA